ACGCUCCUGUACCAUCAACUGGCGAUAGAUCAUCACUCUCAUUCACAGUCUUACGAAAGGCCAAGAGAGAAUCUGCCUCAUCUGUGACCCGAAAAAGAGCCAUCAAGAAGAAACAAGAGCAGAUUGAGGAGGUCUAUCGGCAGGACUGUGAUACAUUUGGCAUGGUCGUGAAGAUGUUGGUAGAAAAGGAUCCAUCAUUGGAGAAGCCAAUCCAGCUGUCUCUGCGUGAAAACCUGCGGGACAUCGGCACUCGCUGCAUCCAGGCCAUGGAGCAGUUCAUCCAGGAGUAUGAUUCCAGAGAGCGAGGUGCUGCGUCAACCUCCAGACGACCCUCCAUCAGCUGAAAACUGAGCCCACAUUCACAUUAGUACUGUACAGUCAGCUUAAAGGUUUUCACACCUGUAACGAUAUCAGUGUUUCUGAAAAGGGUCUGAAGUGCUGCUUUGGCUGUCAAUAAAAUUCGUCACAUUUUUGUAUUUAAAGGUUUUCAUUUGUCUGUACAAGUCGGCUUUUAGAAUAAUUGCCCCAUUAAUCCCAUAGUCAAGAUAUAUUCAAGUAUAAAUGUAACGGACAUGUUUGCAUUUUAUGUUUUCUAGCUAUAUAUUAUUAGCAAACUGAGACCUGUAGCUUGUAGAGAAACAAGUUUAAAACAUUGGUCAAAAUGAUAAAGUAAGCUUAAACACUUUAUAAUGUGAAAUGUUACUUCAGUAUCAAUGGUGCUCUAAGCAAUUUUGAAGUAUGUUUUAACCACAUUUUAGCAUGUCUGUUAAUAAUAGCAGCAAUAUCAAAAGAGCUAGGUUGGUUGGGUUGGUUUUUGUGCUCUCGAAUAUCAACAUUGUUUGGCAAAAUUUGUUUAGUGCACUUCAAAGCUCGUUGUCGAGAUGCUGGCAUUUUAAUGUCCUGAUAAAAGAGUUGUUUCUAUCUGCUUGCAUUAUUAAUUAAAAACAUCGUCUUCCACAAA